AUGGCCUUGCUUUCCUCCAUGCAGGUGAACAUGAAUAAGGAGCUGAUGUACCAGGGCAUGAAGGUGGCUGAGUGUCAAAUGCAGACCCUGGUGCUGCUUCGUGACGCCGACUGCACGGAGAUCAAGAACAAGUUUGUGGCUGAUCGUUCUCGCCUCCCCGUCAUGUUCAUUGCCACCCCCAAGGACAAGUGGACCUCGGUGUGGACCAGAGAGCGACCCUCAGCGCAGAUCCUGCAGCGCCUUCUUGUGCUGACCUCAGAGUCCCUCCGGGCCCUGGAGGGGCAGCUCAUGGACCCGCUCAACAGCCAAGAUGUGAAGAUGGUCUUCCGUCCUCCUUUGGAUUUCUACGAUGUCCUAAUCCACCUGAACCCAAACCAGAUUCCUCGGCAUAUGGAGAGUGUGGACCGGCCAGCAAAGUCAUUUUCCCGGGGAGUGGUGAAGAACAGUGCUGGAGAGAAGGUCCUCUUCCCCGUAGUGGAUUAUGACCCGGUGCAGUGCUACCUCCAGGAGUUGAGAGAUGCCUUCAGUGAUCUUGCCUUGUUCUUUUAUGACAAACACGGUGGAGAAGUGAUUGCAGUUUUGUGGAAACCUGUGAGCUUUCAGCCUCAGCCUUUUAAGGUCUCCACCAUGAAAGGAAGGAUGAUGACAACUCUGAACAAUGAGCUGGUCUGUCUGCCCAAUGUGGAGGCAAUUCUAGAGGACUUUGAAGUUUUGGGAGAGGGUCUGGUCAAAAGCGUGGAAGCUCGUACGGAGAAGUGGACCAUCUAAGGCUUCUGAGAGGCAUCGAAGGGACCUGUUUGGAA